AUGUUAAAAGUAACUAAUCCACCAUUUAGAAUUUUAAUAAGAAAGUUAUGUAAAGAAGUAGAGUUAUUUACUGAAUUAAUAGUAGAAAGUACUGUUAAUUUUGCAAGUAGAAAGAAUAUUAGAUCAAUGCUAGGAGAACCAGAAAAUAAUACAGUUGUUCAAUUGGGAGGAUCUGAUCCUCAAAAAUUAUCAAAAGCUGUUAAAAUACUCUUAGAAAUGGGCUAUGAUAAGUUUAAUUUAAAUUGUGGAUGUCCAUCUUCAAAAGUUCAGAAAGGAUGUUUUGGAGCAGUUUUAAUGAAAAAUCCAGAAUUAGUAGCUGAUAUAAUUAAUGAGAUAGAAAAAGACAAUGAUGUUAUAAUAAGUUUAAAAACUAGAAUAGGCGUUGAUAAUGAUGAUUCUUUUGAAUUUUUUAAUAGGUUUGUUAGUUAUAUAAGAGAUAAUACAAAUUGUAGAAGGUUUUAUGUGCAUGCAAGGAAAUGUUUAUUAAAAGGACUCGAUCCUAAAGCUAAUAGAAAAAUACCCACUCUUAAAUAUGAAUAUGUUUAUAGAAUAAAAGAAAUAUACCCAGAUCUUUUUAUCAGUUUAAAUGGUGGAAUAACCCAUACAAAUAUAAAUGCAGUCAAUAAUUUAGAUGGAUGUAUGAUUGGAAGGGGUGCACGAGAAGAUAUUUUAAUAUUUAAUAGAAUACUUAAAAAGGAAAUUAAUUAUUCUAAUGUAAUUAAAGAAUAUUUAGAAGAAACAUUCAAUUUAAAUUACACAAAACACAAAAUAUUAGUUCCCUUAGUUAAUCUUUAUAAAGGAACAAGAAACAGUAAAAAAUUCAAAGCUUUAAUAAACACUCUUUGUAAUGAUAAGAAAAUUGAAAUAACUGAAAUUAAGGUUAAAAUUAAUGAAUUUAUUAAAGAAAAUGAAAUUAAAUAA